CGGAAAAGCGCGCGCGUUGUUAACAAUUCGCAACCGUUCCAUUGGGUCUUAUGCACUGAUAUUAGUGGAACAUCAAAUGGUUUUCUUGCUGCUACUUAUGCUGCUCCCGUGUCGGAUAUUACACGACAACCAACGCUAAAGAAAACGGGAAAAACAAUACCCACUGUGUGUGUGUGUGUGUGUGCAGUGAAGUGUUGUUGAGUGCUUAAGGAAAACUUCAAGAAAUCCACGAAAAAAGAAGGCCUGCAGUGCUGGCAGCACAGCAGUGCACCGCAACGAAAGCGACAGAUUGCAGGGUACACUUCGAGCGAAGCGGCAUACAGGGUGUUACCGAAGACUUACCUGCACUGUUUUCGGGCAUCAGAACAGCUGUUCAUAAAGAAGCUGUAGAAGACGACGACGAGUAGGAGGAAGAAGACUCAGCGAAAAGAGAAGGAAGUGAGGAAAGGAAAGGAACCACCACCCACAGAAGGCAUGUCCAGCGAAGAAGAUAAACCACCGGCGCCGCCCGUACGCCUCACCAGCAAUCGCGGUGGCGCUGGCAUUGAGCGAGUACCCCUCAUGGGCGGCGGUGGUGGUGGUGCCGGGGGCUGUGGUGAUGCUCCGCCUGUUGAUAUGCGACCAUUGCCCAAGGAGCCCGACGAUGGCGACCGCAAGAAGAAGACGCUGAAGAACAAGAUCAAAGGCUCGAAACCCUCGCACACAGACUCCAAACCAAACAUUUCGUAUCCGACAAACUUUGAGCAUACGGUGCAUGUGGGUUUCGAUGCCUUAACCGGAGAAUUUACGGGUAUGCCGGAGGCAUGGGCACGUCUGCUGAUGAAUUCGAACAUCAGCAAGCAGGAGCAGAAGAAUAAUCCCCAGGCGGUUCUAGAUGUGCUCAAGUGGUUUGACAACACCACCAAACAGAGGCCAAGUUCCAAAUACAUGACAAAUGCCAUAACGACGCAUUCAGGCUCUUCCCUAAGUCGCGUGAGCAGCAGCAGUCCCAGCAGCACGCCCACGGACUCGGAACUGCAUGGCUCCAACAGUGGCGGCAAUCUGAUUGGCGUGCAGCUGGGCAGCAUGACACUGGGACCCAAUGCCAACAACGUGGCCGUGGCAGGACAAAUGCUGAGCAAUCACUACCAACAGCAGCAGCAGCAUAUUAUCCAACAUCAGCAUCAACAAUUGCACCAGCAUAGCCAGCAUCAGCAACAGCAGCAUCAACAUCAGCAGCAGCAUCACAUUGGCAUCAGUCAAUCGCAUUCUUAUAAUUUUGGCGGCCAUACGGCCUCCUCAUCCACAUCGCAACAUUCAUCUGCCAAUGAGGACGAUAUGCUCGGAUCACCGCAGCAACUGGCGUCACACCAGCCGCCACCUCCUCCGGUGGCAUCGCGACCCGAGCGCACGAAAUCCAUUUACACGCGACCCAUUGAGGAACUGCAGCCAGCGCCCUCGCCCCUCAUAAUGCCAGCAGCCCCGGCCACAACGCCCACAACUCCACUGCAGAACCAUAAGGUGAUGACAGCACCAUCCCCGCUGCAUCACAAUAAUGUGACGACGACGCUGGACAAGAAUAAGAACAAUGCAAACCUGUACAACGAUCCCUCAGUGGCGAUUGGCAACAAUCUGAAUGCAACUGCAGUGGCAGCGGCAGGAGCUCCACCAGCGGCCGCUGGCAAUCAAAUUGCCGUGCCACAGGCAGCAGCGGCAGUCACUCCCAACACGCGGGCGGCCAAUGCCAAAAAGAAGAAGAUGUCCGACGAGGAAAUUCUGGAGAAACUGCGCACCAUCGUCUCGGUUGGAGAUCCCAAUCGCAAGUACACGAAAAUGGAGAAGAUCGGGCAGGGCGCCUCGGGCACUGUGUACACGGCCAUCGAAUCCUCGACGGGCAUGGAGGUGGCCAUCAAACAAAUGAACCUCUCGCAGCAGCCGAAGAAGGAGCUUAUCAUCAAUGAGAUCCUCGUGAUGCGAGAGAACAAGCAUCCGAAUGUGGUGAAUUAUUUGGACAGCUAUUUGGUGUCCGAAGAGCUGUGGGUAGUGAUGGAGUAUCUGCCGGGUGGCUCGCUGACGGAUGUCGUCACUGAGACCUGCAUGGACGAGGGACAGAUUGCGGCCGUCUGUCGGGAGGUGCUGCAGGCACUAGAGUUCCUGCACGCCAAUCAAGUGAUCCAUCGCGACAUAAAAAGUGAUAAUAUAUUGCUUGGCCUGGAUGGUUCGGUCAAGUUGACUGAUUUCGGUUUCUGUGCGCAAAUUUCACCAGAGCAAUCCAAACGCACAACGAUGGUGGGCACGCCAUACUGGAUGGCGCCCGAGGUGGUCACACGAAAGCAGUAUGGUCCCAAGGUUGACUUAUGGUCUUUGGGUAUCAUGGCCAUUGAAAUGGUGGAGGGCGAACCGCCAUAUUUGAAUGAGAAUCCGCUGAAAGCCUUGUACCUCAUUGCCACCAAUGGCAAGCCAGAGAUUAAAGAAAAAGACAAGCUGUCCGAAGCAUUUCAAGAUUUUCUCGAUCAGUGUCUGGAAGUGGAAGUGGAGCGCAGAGCCAGUGCAAUGGAUUUGCUAAAGCAUCCCUUCCUGAAGCUGGCACGUCCAUUGGCCAGUUUAACGCCUUUGAUUAUGGCCGCCAAAGAGGCCACAAAGGGCAACUGAUUGUCAACCAAGAAGAAAAAGCUUAUUUAACCAUUACUAAUGAAUUACUAUUGCAAAAAGCAGCAAGAACUUCUUCAGCAACAGCAAGAACCACAAUAGCAAGCAACAAUAGCAACAAUAAUUACAAAUCGCAAAUGAUUAUGGAUUAUUAAUGAUUAUGAUGGAUUAACGA